ACGAGCUUGUGAAACUCUAGUUACUUCCCUGAAGUCAGUGUUGACACUUGACAACUCAAUCAGUCGUGACUAGUGACUAUCGACAAGGCUACAGGGUUGAGAUUUGAGACCCUAUCCGAUCCUGAAAUAGACGGGGAAUAAAGAUUGAAAUAAAGACCACUGUUAUCACUCAUUGUUAGGUUACGCAAGCCUUAUGUGAGGACAGGUCAACGGGUCAGUUAGAUAACAAACAGGGCACAGGUUGAGAUGAUAACAUAAUUCCGGUACACGCAGAGAUCUUAUAUAUAGUCCGGGCCUGCGAUCAGUAGUCCAUUCGAAAGCUAGAACUACAGAGACAACUUGACAAGAGAACAGUAUCAUUUUAAAAGAUGGAUGUAAAGCAAUUUUGCAGUCUUCAGAUAUUUGAGCUUGUAUAUCUACUAGUGCUAGCCUUUCUGCCAUUCGUCGUUGCUGUGCGGGAAGUGACCAUAGCCAUUUUGACUGUACUUGCCAUUGGCACAGCUGUGGUUGUCAUUAGAUAUUUACUUUUACGAAGAGUAGACCCAGAAGGACGUGUUGUGUUCAUCAGUGGAUGUGACUCAGGUUUUGGAAAUGCAUGUGCUCGAAGACUUGACUUACAUGGAUACACAGUAAUCGCUGGUUGCUUGAAUGCUGGCAGCGAAGGGGCUGCUCUUCUCCAAGCAAGCACUACUGGGCGCAUGCAUGUUGUCUCCCUUGAUGUCACUGAUGAAGACAGUGUCUUUCAAUGUAUGGCAAAAGUCAAAGAAUUCUGUCAAAACAAAGGACUGUGGGCUAUUAUCAACAAUGCUGGCAUUGCAUCUUUUGGAGAUAUUGAGUUUACUUCCAUGGAAAAAUACCGCCAAGUGUUGGAAGUUAAUUUACUGGGCAGCAUUCAAUUGACCAAGCUGUGUUUGCCAUAUGUCAGAAAGGCCAAAGGUCGUGUGAUCAACAUGUCGGGGGCAAGCGGGCUCCUUUCAGCUCCCGGUCAGUCAGCCUUUUGCAUCUCCUGUUUUGCUGUUGAAGCCUUCAGCGAUGCACUACGAAUUGAGAUGCAGCCUUUUGGAGUCAAGGUGAUAACCAUCAGGCCGGGGAACUACUUAGGAGCUACUGGCAUCCUGAACAAAAGCGCUUGUGGCAAAGUGAAAACAGAGUUUGACCAGCUUAAAAACUCUACAGAUCAAGAAGUCUUGAACGCCUAUGGGACCAAACAUUUAGACACCCAGCUUGAACAGCUGUCAGAUCUGUCCAAGUCAACAGCCAGCAGUCUGGUCAAUGUCGUAACGGCCAUGGAAAAUGCGGUCACAAACCUUAGCUCUGGCUCCCAGUACCUGGUAGAUGGGGGAAGUCAGCUUUUUGAUGUGUCUAAUAUUCUCAUCAAGCUGCGUCCUUUUGUUCCUGCAUCAUGGCAUGAUUCGCUGGUGUCUAAAAAUUUCAGACAAGGGACGACAGUCCAAGCAGUACAGUAGUUGGGAUAAAAAUGUCAUGCGUCUCAUCGUACUGAAGCAUUCUGCAUGUACAGUACAACUAUGCUAGUACCUUACAAAUCAACCCAAUUUUGCACUUUCAUAAACAGUUCGAAGAAAAGGGUAAUUAGCACUUUCCUUUUUACAGCCAAACAGAGUUCAAUACUAGUCAUAUUUGUAGUCCAAUAGACUGUUUGCUGGUCCAAUAAGAAGAUCACCCAUAAUGUUUUACUUAAGUUGUACAAAUUCAUUUUUAGAGCCUUCUAAUCAUUCAUUGUUAAAAGUGGAUUUUUUGUCUAAAUGGGUCAAUUUUGGCAAGUACUUGAUUUUAGUCUAAAUAAAUUGUUUUAAAAGGAUGUCUAGAGGGUUUCUAUCUGUGUAUUUGGCUGUGGCUUUGGGGUUUGAUUUUUUCGUCUCAAGUUUUUUUUUUAAGCUUUACUUGGAAUGUCAGGAUUGUGAGCCUGUGCAUAGUUCGAAAAACUUGUACCCUUACUUGUGAAAGCAUUGUGUUCUAGUUUUUUGUGGGGCUUUUUUGUAUAUAUAGGCCUAUAUGGCUUAAGAAUACUUUUUGAAUAGAACUUUCUGAUGUCAGGAAUUCGGAUCUUGUCUGCUGAUUGCAAUGUGUGUUUCAUACAAAUUGGCAUGAUGUGCAUGAUGAAUUCCUGGUAACUAACCAUAUCACCUGGUUUCAUUGAAGGUAUUGUUAUUGUGCCCUGUAUCAUUUGGCUGUGAGAAGUGUCCUUUAACAGUGCAUUAGGUUUCCUUGUCCUUUAUAUUCUGUCAUAAAAAGUUGUUACUUGUGUAUCAAAUCAAUGAUUAUUUUAUUAUUGAACUAUUCCGCCCAUAGAUCAUGCCUUUUUUUCUACCACCUUUUAAUUUCCUGUGAAAUUAUAAAAUGGUCUUGAGUAAUUUCUGAUACAGGGGAUUUCACAUCUACCAAAAUCUGCCAUAUCGCCAGAUUUUCUUUGGUUUAGCUGGGUUUUCGGUUUAGAGAGGUUGUUUGAAUUUGAAUAGAAGCAAAAGAUUCAGGGAUGCUAAAAAAUGUUGUUCUUUUUCAGUUUACCACUUUGUUCAGAUUAACCAUUUUAGGUUUAUGCAGGCUACACUAUAACAGUUAAAUUGUCUUUAAUAGAGUGUGUCAUUGUAAAUUUCACAACUUUUUUGCGGUUUAUGUAUUCUUGAUACUGCUACCUUAUGAAGUUUAUAAGACUUAUUACUAUUACCAUUUUUUAAAGUAAUUUAACAGUUACAUUGUAUUUGUCGGAUGUCAACUCAUCCUAGGCUAGAAAGUUUCAAAAGCUGAUAACUGUUCUUGAAUCACAGCUUUGGGGGUGUGGGGGGAUGUUUGGUGAUGUUUACUGUGAUUUGGAAUAAAUCAUCUCAAUCUAAUAAAGCUCUGUAUGAUGUU